GACUGUCUCGUCUCUCUGAUUCUAAAAACGACGGCGUGUGAUAACUGGAGAGAACGACAACGUUAUCCACAACCCACAACCCACAACAGCAGAGACAGAAGAGACUCUCCCAACCGCCUUGGCGCCAACUCUCUGACGCCCCAAAAUGAGUCUCGCCUGCAAAACCCUAGUACGUACGUCUCUGUAUUCCGUAUCUUUCGGUCUCCGGCGCAAUACGCCGACAUUCUCUUCCUUUUCACCCACCGCCGCCACCACCACCACCGUUGGAUUUUCUCCAAAACAAGGGCUAAGGCUGGUCCGGUCCACAGCUACCUAUGCUUCAAUUGAAUUUGAUGAUGGAGCUCCUUCGCUUUCAGUCGAAGACGACGAGGCUUUAACCCUAAUAACCCAAAACCUAGAAGAAGUACCAGAGAACCCUGCGAAGGACAAUGUGGCGCACUUGCUCACCCACUCAGACGACGUCGCAAGUCUCAUGAAGAUGGAACGGCGUCGUCUUGGUGAAGAACGACAGUCGGCGUCGGGUAAGUGGUUCCCUUACCUGGAUCGGUACAAGUGCGGCGGGAGCUCCUCCUACUUAAGCAGCGAGGAGUUACUGGAAGCUCUGGAUUCGCACAUACUGGACGCCAGGAAGCAGAGGUUUAAGGAUGUGGUUAGAAAUCGGAGCUACUCGGUGUGUUUGGUGGUCGAAGGGCUUAGUGAUUUCGGAAACGUUUCGGCUGCGUUUCGUUCCGCCGAUGCGCUUGGCUUUCAAUCGGUUCAUGUCGUCUCCUGCGACAGCUCCAAAAGGUAUAGAGAAAAUCGCCAUGUUAGCAUGGGUGCAGAGAAAUGGUUGGACAUUGAACUUUGGGACUCCCCACAGGAUUGCUUUCAAGUUCUUAAAUCACGUGGUUAUCGAAUUGCCACAACUCAUGUGGGAAUGGAUGCGGUGUCCAUUUACGAGAUGGAUUGGUCAUGCCCAACUGCAAUAGUAGUUGGUAAUGAGAAUAGGGGUAUAAGCGACGAAGCCCUGGAAUUGUCGGAUUUUCAUUGCAGUAUUCCAAUGAAGGGCAUGGUGGAUUCUUUUAACGUUUCAGUUGCUGCAGGCAUACUCAUGCACCAUGCUGUUUGUGACAGAACUUCUCGCCUGGGCUUUCAUGGUGAUCUGACAUCAGAGGAAAGACAAAUUCUACUAGCAGAGUUCUUUUUGCGCCAUAGCAAGAGUUCGAUUAGCAUUGCUCACGAGUUUGCAAAGCGGAAGGGGGCUAUGCUCACACCAAAGUUUUGAUAGCUAGUUUAUCAUUUGUCAUCCUCUCACCGAUGAGGAUGUUCCGAAGACUCCAGAAUGAAAGGAAAAAGAGUGCAGAGAAGUGACAGAAAACAUGAAAGAUCAUAUUCAACUUUUCCAAGGCCAAAAAGAAGUGAUCAUACCAUAUAUGGGUUUUUUUAUUUUUUGAGAAACACCAAGAAGGAUUAUGUUAAUUUCUGCAUCCCCAUUUAAAUAUUUUGGGUUUUGUUCUUGAAAUGGUGGAAAUAUCAUAAUUUUGAAAUUUUUUUUGG